GGAGGUGCAGGGGGGAGGAGUUGGACUUGGACCAUCCAGGGCUGACUGACGGCUUCCACGAAACCAGAAAACCUCCACAUUAAAGAGCAAAACCUGAGAAUAUAUAGGACACUUUGACUGCUGCCGGCCUCCCUGCAACAUCCUAAUGAAAGGAGAGAAAGAGAUCACAACCAAGAUGGACCCAUCUAACGGGCUAAACCGACCGCUGGAGAUUGUCCCGCACACUGAGGUGAAGAUGAAGGACAGAGGACAGUGGAGCAACAAGCUGGAGUUUGUAUUGUCGGUGGCCGGAGAAAUCAUCGGACUGGGAAACGUUUGGCGCUUCCCGUAUCUCUGCUACAAGAACGGUGGAGGUGCAUUUUUCAUUCCCUACUUGAUCUUUCUCUUCACCUGCGGUAUUCCCGUGUUUUUCCUGGAGAUUUCUUUGGGUCAGUACACCAGCGAGGGAGGAAUCACGUGCUGGAGGAAGAUCAGCCCGCUGUUUGAAGGUAUCGGAUAUGCCACUCAGGUGAUUGUUGCUCUGCUGAACUUCUACUAUAUAAUAGUUUUGGCCUGGGGGAUAUUUUACCUGUCCUUCUCCUUUUCCUGGAACCUGCCGUGGUCCUCAUGCAACAAUACCUGGAACACAGAUUCCUGCAUGGAAUUCCAAAGACGAAAUGAAUCCAUUGACCAAAGUCACCUUGAAAACGCAACAUCGCCCGUAAUUGAGUUUUGGGAACGAAGAGUUUUGCGGAUCUCGUCUGGGAUUGAGGAGAUAGGAACUCUGCACUGGGAUCUGGUCCUCUGCCUGUUGUUGGCCUGGGUUCUCUGUUAUUUCUGCAUCUGGAAAGGUGUCAAAUCCACUGGCAAGGUGGUGUACUUCACUGCGACCUUCCCGUAUGUGAUGCUAAUAAUUUUACUGAUCAGAGGGGUCACGCUGCCAGGAGCAUCCCGCGGGAUUCAGUUCUACCUUUAUCCUGACCUGGGACGGUUAGCGGACCCGCAGGUGUGGAUGGACGCAGGAACGCAGAUCUUUUUCUCAUACGCCAUCUGUUUAGGUUGCCUCACUGCGCUUGGAAGCUACAACAAAUACAACAACAACUGCUACAGAGAUUCUUUAGCCUUGUGUUUCCUGAACAGCGGAACCAGUUUUGUCGCCGGUUUUGCCAUCUUCUCGAUUCUCGGGUUCAUGUCUUACGAACAGAACGUCCCGAUUUCAGAAGUGGCCGAGUCUGGUCCCGGUUUAGCGUUCAUUGCGUAUCCACGAGCGGUGUCCAUGAUGCCCAUUUCUCCACUUUGGGCCUGUUUCUUUUUCAUCAUGAUUGUCCUACUGGGGUUGGACAGUCAGUUCGUGUGCGUGGAGAGUCUGGUCACGGCUAUGGUGGACAUGUACCCGUCUGUCUUCCGCCAGAAGAACCGCAGAGAGCUGCUCAUCCUCGCUGUGGCCGUCAUAUCCUUCCUCGUGGGUCUUAUUAUGCUCACAGAGGGUGGAAUGUAUGUCUUCCAGCUGUUUGAUUACUAUGCAGCCAGUGGGAUGUGUUUACUCUUUGUAGCUAUUUUUGAGACCGUCUGCAUCGCUUGGAUAUACGGUGCUAAUCGGUUUUAUGACAAUAUCGAGGACAUGAUUGGUUACCGUCCUGGGCCGUAUAUUAAAUACUGCUGGCUCUUUUUCACCCCGGCCACAUGUUUUGGUACGUUUGCGUUUUCCUUGAUCAAAUACACUCCUCUGAAGUAUAAUAACGAGUAUGUGUACCCGUGGUGGGGUUACGCUCUCGGCUGGCUGCUGGCGCUCUCCUCUAUGGUUUGCAUCCCGCUGUGGGUUGUUUCUAAACUGAGCACGGCCAAAGGUUCACUGCGAGAGCGUUUCCACGAGCUCAUCACUCCCUCGCCGGACCUGCCCAAAACCAGACGAGAGCAGGAGAAACUUCAGGCCAUCUUUGCAGCCGACGGCGACACUCUUCACCAGCAAGGAGGCCCGAACAAAGACGGGUACUUCCCUGUCAGCGAGAAGGAGUCGCGCUGUUAGCCCGGCUGUCCCGUGACGGACCACUGUAUGUUUCCCCGAGGGUGGUGCUUCUAAACCUUCCCAUGAUACCUCACACAGUACUGGCAGCCAAAUAAGCAUGACGCUCCACCUCUCUUGAGAGGGGAUUUGAAGAGCUUCAUACUUGCUCUUGUUGGUCAGAGGUCACAAAAAGCAAGAUAGUGUCAAUAUUAUAGACAGCAGAAUGUCGAAACACAAUGUAAUCGCUUAGCAAAGUAAAACAAGAUAUUUGAUACUAACUAAAAAGUUACUUCUAAUUUAUGACAAAUUUCACUGGAUAUGCAUUAUGGGUAAUUGAGAUUUUGGGCUGAUUGGCUUUCCAUAAUAUCUUGUUUCAGGUUAGUGGAACUUAAAGUAAUCAAUUAACUGUGGAAGUAUAGUGAUAUACAGUAUUAGGGUUUUUAACCCUCUUCACCUUGGGUGAUUUACCUUAAAUGAAUCAAAUUAAAUAUGCUUUGAUUCAUUUAAGUAUUUUUGUUUUCAUUGGUUUCAUUUUGUGGUUUUAGGAUGUAAUAUUCUGCUCUCAGUAAUAUUGACACAAAAGUUGAACAUCUACAGUCUAAACCUGGCCAAAUAUGAGCGUUACCAGUAGAUUCAGAAAGGUUGAAGUGAAACAGGAAGAUUUUCUGUAAUGCACCCAAAGCCUCCUGGAUCUUAAAAUGACAGAGUGAAGGGUUGGAUCUGCAAAAGCUGUUUAACUAUGGAAUGAUAUUAAGGAAUAGCGCACUCGAAUGUACAGUUGCAAUUGAAAUUAUUCAACCCCCUUGACCUGCAAGACAUUUUGCGACAGAGAACAAAAUUUUGUGAUAACUAUUCAACAAAGGCAUCAGUACACUAUUAGAGAAAGUUUAUCAAUACACAUUUGAGUAAUUCUGAGAACGUAAGUUGAUGAAUAAUGAAAAAAAAAUAAAUCAAAUUGGCUCCAAACGUUCAUGUUCAAAAUUAUUCAACCCCCAAAAGUCAAGUUUGGUGCAGAAUCGUUUAUUUAAAACCACCAAUAAAUGCUGCUUGGAAGUGCUUAGAAGCUUCUGUCACCUCUCUACUGCAAUCUUGACCCAUUCCUCGCCUAAAAAAGCUUUCAGAUCACUGAUAAUCUUUGGUUUUCACUUUGUUUUCUUCAAGUUCAACCAAAUGUUUUCAAUGGGAAUUAAAUCUGGAGACCGAACAGGCCACUCAAGAACAUUCUACGACUGAUCCCUGAACCAAGCAUAAGUAGAUUUGGAUGUAUACUUUGGGAUGAUUGAUCUGCAGGAAAGUCCACUGAUGCACCAAAGCCAUCACAAUUCUUGCCAAAAUGGCCUGAUACUUCAAAGAAUCCAUGAUGUCCUUCAUACAGCUUCAUGCAACAAUAAAACAACCCCAAAACAGGACUGGACCACCAUGGAGAUGGUGUUCUUCAGCUCAUAAGUUUUGCCUUUUUUGCACCAGACGCUGAUCCACGGGUCCAAAAAGUUCCAGUUUGGUCACAUCACUCCAUAAAACAAGUCAAGGUUUUAUGUUCUUCUUGGUCAAGAGUGGCAUUUGGCAAGAUGCCCUAACAUGAAAUCCAUGCUUGUCUUGUGCUCAUCUUAUACUAUGCAUUGAAAUGUUUUUCCACCUUGCAUUGGGUCAUCUUAAAAGUCUUUGGCUGUACGUUGCAGGUUUUUCCUCAGUUGUUCUGAUCAAACAUUUUAUGAUAUUGUGCUUUUUCUUCAACACUCUCAAAGGUUUAACUCGUUUUGAGCUAACGAAUAAGGCUGCCGACUGUGACUCUAGGAACGUUUAAUGUCUUAGAAAUCUUUAUAUAGCCUUAGACUUUCUAAAGUAAUAACAUUAUUUCUUCUCUAUAGCUUUUGUGAGAGCUCUGUUACUGUAUGUAUGUGUAACAGCUCAAGCUAAUUCUGUUUUCUAAUAGAGUUUCCAAAGGUUUAAUUGUGUUUUAAGACAAUUUUGUUCCCCACCGGACAAAUAAACGACUAAAAAACAGCAAUGUUAAAUAGAGACAAAGCUGUGUUUUAAAAAAAUCCUAGAACACAAAAAUAUUACAUUAUAUAUUGACUUUAUUACUUUGAAUAUGCCAGUGAUCUGUUAUUGAUCUGGAUCUUCAGAAAAGCUUGUAUUUGUAAAGUACCUCAGUCUCUGGGAGGUUGAAUCAUUUCGAUUGCAAGUGUAGUUUUUCAUCAUUUAAUCACCCUCAUUCCAUACCUGUAUUUCCUUGACUUAAAACAUAAAAAACGCUCAGUUAUUUUAUUGUGUGCGUAAGUACAGUUUGGAGAUCUUACAUUGUUUUCAAGGCCUUAAGCAUGUCUUAAACAUUAGGGUGGACAAAAAAUAUGCUUUUUUUAUUAGGAGAUGUUAUAAAUUAUUUAAAGAUAUUAAAAGAUUUAAAGGGAAUAACAAAAAAUAAACAGAAAAGAACAAGAACCUAUUGUACUUUUAAAGUAAUCAUUUGAACUGUUUUCCAAAUUAUUACCAUGUUUUUAUUUUAAAAAAUGGGCAUUCAGUCUUAAUAUUAUGUCUUAUCUAUUGAAGUUACAUCUGUCUCUCACAUUAAAUUACGAAGCACAUUAUCUACACAAAUUAUAUACAUAAAUUAUAGGCUAUUUUUAAUUCAAAACGGUCGAAUUUGACAACAAACAGAAUAUUGUGCAUGAUCGCUGGAUAUUACUUACAUUUCUGUUAUUAAAUAGUUGUCAUUUUGUCAGUUGACAUUUUAAUGUUUAACUUCUUACAUCUUACCUCAUGAUCGUUGGCCGUUAAAAAGAAGCGCUGCGCGGGAAUUCAUGUUCUGCUUCUGUGAACGGUAAGCCCCGCCUUCUUUGAUUUGAUUGGCCAUCGCAAACAUUUUGACAUUGACGAGCGCCGUUAGACCACUCUUAGUUUUUGGGGGGUUUCUGUGAACGGUAAGCCCCGCCUUCUUUGAUUUGAUUGGCCAUCGCAAACAUUUUGACAUUGAUGAGCGCCGUUAGACCACUCUUAGUUUUUGGGGGGUUUCUGUGAACGGUAAGCCCCGCCUUCUUUGAUUUGAUUGGCCAUCGCAAACAUUUUGACAUUGACGAGCGCCGUUAGACCACUCUUAGUUUUUGG